AUGGCCCCGAAGAAGAUUCCCAAGAGGAAGGCCAAAGCCAAAGCAAAGGCCAAGGAGAGCUCCAAGAAGCGCUCCCGCGAGGUCGAAGAGGAAGUCGAAGAGGCGAGCUCUAAAAAGCGCUCACCGGCAGAAGAGGUCGAAGAAGAAGUUGUGGAAGAGGACGCUCUUCCAGAAUUCUUUCCUGCUUCUCAUAGAAAUGAGGAUGAGCUGAUCGAUGAGGAGUUUGACAAGGCCAUCGACCAGGUGAUGCAGGAUGAGACCCCCUUGGCAGAUCUCUUGCCCAGAGCGGUCAAGAAGGGGGAGGACCCUUCGCCGGUCUUAUCGCCCACCGAUGUUCCCACCUUCCACGUGGAGUCCCCGAAACCAGACGCCGAGCGCCCCGUGCGCCCAGCGCACGUGCCGCCUCGUGCCGUCUUGGGGCGGCGUGGAGUCUUGGAUGGCCCAGGCUGGCGGAGCCUUGGCGAAAAAGUGAAGAUGAGGAGUCUUUUGGUCAUGACCAAUGACUUUCUCCAGAGGGCUGACACGUUAUAUCGUUGUGGAGGGAUACGUUUAGUCAUUGCAGUGAACCGGGCCACCCGCCGCCUGGCGGAGCAGGGCGGCCCCCCCGCGGGCGAGCAGGAGGCCUUCGAGGAGCUGGCGGAGUGGUUGCGAAGUCGGGGCGCGUACAUCAACAAGGCAGUGGGCCUCACGGACAGCGAUCGGGAUGGGCAACGGGGCUGCGUGGCCACCACGGAGAUCCGUGUAGGGGAGUUGCUGCUGGAGACUCGGUGUGUGAGUGGGUCGAAGCAGGGGACAGACCAGCAGCAGCAUUAA